AUGUUUAACGGACAAGAAAAUGCGAAUUUGGCUAUUCAUAGAUCGAAAAGACCUGAGGAUAGCGCUAUCUAUCUAAAGCUGGCCUACCAGGCUCAAACCUCAAUCAGGACCCGUUGUCAUCAAAUACCUGUCAUUUGCGUGUUUCUUAACACACUCAUGCCACCCUUGGGGUGCGCCGCAUUAUCGACCGGGGUCGUGCCUCCAAAGCAUUUACGGCGUGCGGUCGAUGUUACCAGUCGACACAAAGCAGCACCAGUCGUGUUCAAGUGCAUCGAGCUGGGCCAGGCAAUGGAGUGCCUGCAAUCGUCUUAUCUCACCUCAGUAACUGAAUAUGAACGACCUGAGCAGACUGUGAGCACUGUUGUCCAAAGAUUGGAUGAUCUGGAGUCUUCAAAACUGUGGCAGGCGAAUCAGGACGAACCUAUCACUCAGGCCGAGCUUAGAAAAUGGAGUACUAAAGAGGGCCUAGAACCCUUAUUUUUGCUCCGCGAAGUGACUACUAAGUCUGGCUUCCUACCUAGAGAUCAGACUACAGCGAAUACGCCACCCCGAGGCUUAUCUGACAGCCUAGUCUUAAAACAGUUGAUUAACGAACAGGAUACCGGUGGGUAUCAUUUAACCCACCGACUCCGACGGAUACUCUUUUCGAAGACGUACGGAAAUCUUGUGUCGCACCUAGCCCCGAAGCUGUUCAGAGAGGCGAAUCCGUUACUGUCUACCGCAAUGCUUGGUGUGCUACAGCCCAUUGAAUUCUUCCAAGCGUCUUUGGUGCCCGUUGCUGAGUGGCUUCGCUUUUCAGCACAGUAUUGCCAAGCUAUACCAGACGGGGGAGAUAUCGGAAGGUGCCGGCUUAUCCCAGGCUCGGAUCAUGCUACGAAUUUUGAGUUAAGAAUUGUAUUAGAAGUUCAUUCAUACCAGAUGAUUUAUAGGAGCUGCAGCUCAACUGCCGACCUUCCUAGAACAACAAGCCGCGCUAUAGGCGUGGAGGAAAGAGUGGACAUUCUUGCUUGGUACGGUCCUCCUUACCGACGGAAUUUCUUCGCUUGCGCUUAUGAUGUUACAGAUCAGCCUCGCUCACAGUUUGUGCCAAUGGGCUUUCACUUCGCUCAGCGCCUCGUCUACAAUCAUGCAUCAAUUACCACUAUCCGAGAUAGUCUACUUAUCAAGAGUCAUUCAGCUGCAGUGCAUCAAUUACCACUAUCCGAGAUAGUCUACUUAUCAACUGCAAUCAUUAAAAUCUCAAUAGACACUGCUGACGAGCGUACUCGCCAUCUCACUUACCAUAUAAUCAAUUUUGAAGCAGUUACUCCGCGUCGACUACUUCGUGCCUACGAAGAUCAGCUUUCACCGUCUCGCAACUUUCAUAGACGCGACGGAUUAACCCUACCCUUGUCGCCGCGUUUCAUAAGAAGCUUCGUCCGGAUUCUAGCCCAAAUCGAACCCAUCAUAUGCCGAUCAAAAUUCAUUUCAUAUAACAUGACAAUUAUUAGCAAUUCAGAGCAGAAUCAUGCAUCCUCUAAACCCUCUCCUAGAUCCCAGGAAGAAGUGCAGCAGAUUAACUCUAUCCUAGUCAUGUUCGGUGUUCUGGACUCUCUUUUCGUGUUUAGCGCAGUCCCUGCUCUUACCACCACCAGUUGCCGACUGAAUAUACUGAAUUUCAAAUUUGGGACUAUGGUACUGUUCACAUCUAUUUUAGGUCUCACGAGCCGCACCCUUGUCACUAGUAAGUCAACUAUGCAAGGCGAUAAUACUGGACUUAAGAUAGUCCGUGACUGUGCCGCAGUUAUGAUGUCAGCACUUUUUGGACAGCAAGGGCCAGGAUGUCAUCUGCGAGAAGUCAAUGCAGAUAGUAAGGAUGUGAAGCUUUUGGUAGGAGCAGAGAUGAGGAGCUGA